UUAGUUUAUCAAUUAGUAAUUUUGUUAAACUUAUACAAUUGUUUUUAUAUUAAUGAUAACGAUGAUAAUAAUAAUUCAACCAGCACCAAUAGUAGUAGUGUAAUCAUCAAUGGCACAGAUAACCGACCGCCGGACCAACAGUGGUGGGACGAGCAACCAGUGGCCAGUAUAUGCGGGUCGACAGGUACGGCCAUACGUAUUGUCGGCGGUCGCGAAGCCAAACCCCAGAGCUGGCCGUGGAUGGCCGGUCUGGCGCGUAAAACCGAGAAACGGGACGUAUUUUGCGGUGCCAGCCUAAUCGACCGGCGCCACGUCGUAACGGCUGCACACUGUAUGGCCCUGUUAUUCGGUGGCCAACAUCAACCCGAUAAACUUGUGGUCAGAUUGGGUGCACACAAUAUGGACGCCAACGAUACUAAUGAUGAACCCGAAGCCCGAGACUAUGAGGUCGAUGCUAUUGUUUCGCACAACGAGUUUUCAGUGUCGACCAAAGUCAACGAUAUAGCUAUACUGAGGCUAAAGUCGCCGGUAGUGUUCGGUAUGGCUGUCCGUCCGAUUUGUUUGCCCGAUCCCACCACUACUGGUGACGUGUCGUACGCCAACGAAACGGCUGUACUGGCCGGUUGGGGUAAAACCAGUGAGACUGGACCCGAUAGUCGGGUACUGUUGGAAGUGGAUGUUCGGGUCUGGAAUAAUACCGACUGUAAUGAAUCGUUGGGCGAUGUCAGCCGCAUAACCGAUACUAUGGUGUGCGCCGGUAUCAAGGAUGGCGGCAAAGAUACGUGUCAGGGAGACUCGGGCGGUCCACUGAUGCACAAACGCCAAUCGGACGGCAAAUGGCAACUGAUUGGUGUCGUGUCGUGGGGUCGCGGCUGUGGCCAGGCUAACAGUCCCGGUGUUAACACACGUAUUACACGCUAUAUCGAUUGGAUCAGUAAGCAUACCAAUGAAGGAAAUGAAACUACUGUUCCCACCGAUACCAAUAGCACACUAACUACUACUACUACUACUACUACUAUAUCUACUAUUAUUACUACGACUACUACUAUAGAUACUACAGUUCCUACACCGGCUGCUAAUGGUUCGUCAAUGAGCGACCAAUGGUGGGACACACAGCCUGUCGUAGAGCUAUGCGGUGGAACCGGUAUCGGCACCCGUAUAGUCGGUGGUCGACCAGCCAUACCGAACUCGUGGCCGUGGAUGGCCGGCAUUGUUUCCAAGGGAUCCAACAAACCCUUUUGUGGCGGUACACUAAUCAGCCGACAAUUGGUGGUAACGGCGGCUCACUGUAUGAAAAGUAUUUACGGUAGCAAACAGCCCGACAAUAUAAUGAUACGUUUGGGUGUACACGAUGUUGAAAACACUACCGAACCCAUGGCCAGAGACUAUACGGUUGAAUCGAUAAUUGUUCACAAAAAUUAUACAGACGUUGAAAAUGGUUACGAUAUAGCGCUAAUCAAGUUGAAGGAUAGGGUUAAACUUAGUCCAGAGGUUCGGCCUAUUUGUUUGCCGGCCAGUCUUAAUCAUAGCGAUCACAAUACCUAUGAAGAUAAGUUGGCAAUGUUGGCCGGUUGGGGCCGUAAAGUAGAGUUUGGUUCGGGUAGUACUGAGCUUAUGGAGGUUGAGGUUCAGGUCUGGAAUAAUACGGCCUGUAAUGAAUCGUUGGCUAAGUUUAAUAUAAUUGACAGUAUGGUGUGCGCUGGCGAUCGGGCCGGCGGUAAGGACUCGUGUCAGGGCGAUUCUGGCGGUCCACUCAUGUAUAGGCGCCCGGCGGACACCAAAUGGGAACUGAUUGGUAUUGUAUCGUUCGGUGCCGGCUGUGGCCGCGAGAAUAGUCCCGGUGCUAACACAAGGGUUACACAUUAUAUUGAUUGGAUUAGUGAUAACUGGUCGCCGGUUGAGGACAUGGAUAAUAAUAACAACAACACUAUAGAUACAGAUAAUACUAACGUUACGACAGUAUCGCCGACGCCGUCGCCGACUACUACUACUACUAGUAUAACACCAAACGAUACGACAGUAUUGCCUACUAAUAGCACAUCAUCAUCAAUGAGCGACCAAUGGUGGGACACACAGCCUGUCGAUGAGCUAUGCGGUGGCACCGGUAUCGGCACCCGUAUAGUCGGUGGUCGACCAGCCAUACCGAACUCGUGGCCGUGGAUGGCCGGUAUUGUUUCCAAGGGUGACAACGAUCCGUUUUGUGGCGCAACUCUAAUCAGCCGACAAUUGGUGGUGACGGCCGCUCACUGUAUGAAAAGUUAUUUCGGUCGGAAACAACCCGACAAUAUAAUGAUACGUUUGGGUGUACACGAUGUUGAAAACACUACCGAACCCAUGGCCAGAGACUAUGCGGUUGAGUCGAUAACUAUACACAAAAAAUACAUAGACGUUGAAAAUGGUUACGAUAUAGCGCUAAUCAAAUUGAAGGAUAGGGUUAAACUGAGUCCAGAGGUUCGGCCUAUUUGUUUGCCGGCCAGUCUUAACCAUAGCCAACACAAUACCUAUGAAGAUAAGUUGGCAAUGUUGGCCGGUUGGGGCCUUAAGAUAGAGAGCAGCAGCUCAGGUAGUAAUGUGCUUAUGGAGGUUGAGGUUCAGGUCUGGAAUAAUACGGCCUGUAAUGAAUCGUUGUCUCAGUUUAACAUAGUUGACAGUAUGUUGUGUGCCGGCGAUCGGGCCGGCGGUAAGGACUCGUGUCAGGGCGACUCUGGCGGUCCACUCAUGUAUAGGCGACCGACGGACACCAAAUGGGAACUGAUUGGUAUUGUAUCGUUCGGUGCCGGCUGUGGCCGCGAAAAUAGUCCCGGUGCUAAUACAAGGGUUACACAUUAUAUUGAUUGGAUCGGUGAUAACGGACUGAUAGAGGACAUGGAUACUAAUAACACCACCACCAACAACACUACAGAUACAGAUAAUACUAACGUUACGACAGUAUCGCCGACGCCGUCGCCGACUACUACUACUACUACUAGUAUAAUACCAAACGAUACGAUAGUAUUGCCUACUAAUAGCACAUCAUCAUCAAUGAGCGAUCAAUGGUGGGACACACAGCCCAUAGAGGAGCUAUGCGGUGGUUCCGGUAUCGGUACACGUAUUGUCGGCGGUCGACCAGCCGUACCAAACUCGUGGCCGUGGAUGGCCGCUAUAAUCCGAAAAGAAAGUGGCCGACUAUUUUGUGGCGGUACACUAAUCAAUCGAUACUAUAUUGUAACGGCUGCUCAUUGUUUAGAAUCGGGUGAUACUGGACAUCCCGAUAAACUACUGGUGCGAUUGGGUGCACACGAGUCGAACAAUCCGAAUGAAUCCGAAGUGGCCAAGAGUUACGCUGUCGAGUCUAUCCUAUUGCACGGUAACUAUACGGACAGCAACCAGGGCUACGAUAUAGCUGUAAUCAAAUUGAAGGACAGGGUUCGGUUGAGUCCAGAGAUACGUCCGGUUUGUUUGCCUCAAGCUUUAGAUCAGAUGGAUAGUGACAACGAUACCUACGAUGACAAGGAUGCUGUACUAACUGGUUGGGGUCGUACUGCUGAGGAAUGGGGCGGCUCGGGUAGCCAAACGCUUAUGGAGGUCCAGGUACAGGUCUGGAACAAUACCGCAUGCAAUGAAUCGUUAAGUCAGUUCAAUAUAAUACCGAAUAUGUUGUGCGCCGGCGAUCGGGCCGGCGGUAAGGACUCGUGUCAGGGCGACUCUGGCGGUCCGCUUGUCUACAGGCGCCCGGCGGACACCAAAUGGGAACUGAUUGGUGUUGUAUCGUUCGGUGCCGGCUGUGGCCGCGAAAAUAGUCCCGGCGUUAACACUCGGGUUACACACUAUGUUACCUGGAUUAAGCAGCAUAGUAUUGAGGAACCGGUAGUUAAUCAAAAUACGACUACCCUUUAAAAAUGUCUAAUCAUUUUCAUAAUACAGUAUAUAAAUUGUUUUACAUGUAUGUCUAGACAGUGAGUGAUAUAUGAUUUUUUUUUUGA